CUCCAUCCCUCGCCCUCGCCUCUCCUUCCAUCCAUCCGUCUCCAUCUCGCACUCCGGACCAUCCAUCACACACACACGCGUCACCGUCACCUCCACCACUCUGAAUCUCCUUCUCUGAGCGCCACCUGCGCGCGCCAUGUCCCAGCCGCCGGGCUCCGCCGACGGCUCGCGGCCCACGACGCGCUCCGGGCGCGGCGGCGCCCGUCUGCGCACCGGCACCUCGUCCGGCCGGCCCACCACGGGCCGCCCGCUCACCUCCGGCGGCGCCCGCCCGACGACGCGCGGCACCGGCGCGGCCGACCUGCAGCAGCAGCACCAGCAGCACGGGCACGAGCAGCAGGAGUAUCUCGACGAGUGGGACGAGGAGGACUAUGAGAGCGAGGAUGACGGCGAUGUGUUUGCAUUCGUGCCACCGGACCUCGGCGAGCCGGCAACCUUGACCUCGAGCGGCACAGACGUGUACGGCCAGCCGCAGGCGCCGCAGGCCAGCGGCGCGGCCGACAUGUCCGUCGCAUCCGACAUGGGCGGCAGCGCUGCCGGCAUGCUCUCGUUGCCGGGCGCCGUCGCCGAGGAGGAAGAGGAGACGUUCUACUUUGACGAGGCGACGGGCGCCGUGUACGAUGCACAGGGCCGCCUCGUCGAGAUGCCGGCCGGCUUCGACGCCUCGCAGAUUGCGGGCACGAGCGCGUCGCACCACCGCGAGGAGGUCGGCGAUGAGUCCGUGGCCGUCGGCAUGGUCGAGCCGGCGUCGCCACAGCUGUCGGGCUCUACGGCACUCGAUGCGUCGCAGCAGGGCCCGUACGAGAGCAUGCGCGGCGCCGGCGGUAGUGCGGCACGGCUGGACGAGAUGCACUCCAGCAUCGCCAUGCCCUCAGCUGGAACGGGCGCGUCGCCGCUGCUGCCGUCCGAGGGCAUGCGGCGCACCGCGUACAUGCAGGAGCCGCGCAUGUCGAUGGACCGCAAGAGCUCCAACGCGUCGAGCCUGCGUGGCGAGGUGCCGCUGAACCAUGCGCGCUCGACGCAUGCGCUGCCCGCCAUGGGCGUGCUCGACGAGGUCGACUACCUGCCGACGAGCCGCGACGGUCUCUCGUCGCGGCACGGCGCACGGUCAAUAGGCACGACGGCCAAGGGCGCCAGCAUGGUCGACAACAACAUCCCCGUCUCGUCGCCGCGGCGCGCCUCGCAGCCGUCGCAGGACGGCGCGCGCGGCAACACGGCCAACUCGCUGCGGCAGCGCGGCAACCGCAUGUCCAUCGGCGCCGACUUUGGGCGCUCGCCCGACUCGGAGCGCAAGUUCAACCUCGUCGACGAGUACGGCUUCCCGUACGACGACGACCCGGACAAGCUGGCGUACGGCCGGCCCAGCUCGCAGCUCGGCCGCGGCGAGGGCCUCGCGCACCCCGUCAUGGACGGCGUCGAGGUUGGCGCGAUGGGCAUGCGCAUGGUUGAGCUCGAGAUGGAGAUGGAGGAGGACUCGCCGUACCCCGAGGUCCGCGCGUCCGUGUCAAAUAUCGACGACCCGGACAUGCCUGCCUUCACGCUCCGCAUGUUCGUCCUCGCCAUUCUGCUCAACACGUGCGCCGCGACGGCGAACAUCCUCUUCAACCUGCGCAUCCCGUCGCCGCAGGUGUCGCCGAUUAUCGUCCAGCUGGUCGCGUAUCCGCUCGGCAAGCUGCUGGCGCGCAUCCUGCCGAUCCGCGUCUUCCACCUGCCGCGCUUCCUCGGCGGCGGCGCGUGGAGCAUGAACCCGGGCAGCUUCAACAUCAAGGAGCACGCGCUCAUCACGCUCACCGCCAACGUCGCCAUCGGGCAGGCGUACGCGUUCAGCUCGCUCAUCUCGCUCGACUCGGCCGUGUUCUACAACGCGCCGAAGCCGCAGUCGUUCCAGGUGCUGUACAUGCUCAGCAGCCAGCUCAUCGGCUUUGGCUUCUCGGGCUUCUGCGUGCCCUUCCUCGUGACGCCGGCGAGCAUGAUCUGGCCGCAGAACCUGGUCACCGCCACGGUGCUCAACACGCUGCACGCUGAGGAGGACGGCCUGGACGGCACGAUGACGCGCUUCCGCUACUUCAACAUCCUCGCCGGCGCCGCGUUCCUGUGGUUCUUCUUCCCGAACUUCAUCUUCAGCGCGCUCAGCUACUUCAACUGGGUCUGCUGGAUCUGGCCGAACAGCCACGUCGUCAACACCGUGUUCGGCACGACGUCCGGCCUCGGCAUGUCGAUCCUCACGUUCGACUGGUCGCAGAUCGCCUACAUCGGCUCGCCGCUCGUGGCGCCGUGGUGGGCCGAGUGCAACGUGUUCGCCGGCUUCGUCUUCUUCUACUGGAUCGCCGCGCCGAUCCUGUACUACAAGAACGUGUUCAACUUUGCGCGCCUGCCGUUCAACAGCUCGAGCACAUGGGACCGCUUCGGCGAGCGCUACGACGUGCUGCGCGUGCUGGGCUCGCGCUCGGACCUCAACGUCGCCGAGUACGAGGCCUACUCGCCGCUCUACCUCUCCGUGUCGCUGUACUUUGCCUACUGGACCGGCUUCGCGGCCGCCACGUCGGUGCUCGUGCACACGGUGCUCUACCACGGCAAGACGCUGUGGAAGGGCAUCCGCCGCAUCCGCACCGAGGAGGACGACAUCCACGCCAAGUUCAUGCGCCGCUAUCCGACCGUGCCCGACUGGUGGUACGCGCUGGUGCUGCUCAUCACGUUUGCCAUCUCCGUCGUCGUCGUCGAGGUGUGGGACACGGACCUGCCCGUGUGGGCGCUGCUCAUCGCCAUCCUCGUCGCCGCCGUGUACGCGCUGCCCGCUGGCUUCAUCUACGCCAUGACGGGCUCGCUGCCGGCGACGAACAUCAUCGGCGAGCUCGUCGCCGGCUACAUGAUGCCGCGGCGCGCCGUGCCGAACAUGGUGUUCAAGGUGUACUGCGUGCAGGCGCUGUCGAGCGGCCUCAACUUCGUGCAGGACCUCAAGGUGGGCCACUACAUGAAGGUCAACCCGCGCGCCACAUUCGCGAUGCAGCUCAUCGCCACGGGCUGGACCGCCGUCGUGCAGUGGGCGGUGAAGCAGUUCAUCUUCGGGCACGUCGAGCGCGUGUGCGACCCGGCGCAGCCGCAGCGCUUCACCUGUCCGCACGCCAACGUCUUCUUCACGAGCAGCAUCAUCUGGGGCGCCGUGGGGCCCGACCUGCUCUUCGGCCGCGACAGCAUCUACCACCCCAUCUACCUCGGCCUGCUCGUCGGCGCCGUGCUGCCCAUUCCCAUCUGGCUGCUGGCGCGCCGCUUCCCGCGCACGCCCAUCAAGUUCAUCAGCACGCCCAUCUUCUUCAACGGCCUCUCCUUCAUCCCGCCGGCGAGCGGUCUCAACUACGCGUCGUGGUUCCUCACGGGCUUCAUCUUCCAGUACCUCAUCCGCCGCCGCAACUUCCGCUGGUGGUCCAAGUACAACUUCGUCACGAGUGCCGCGCUCGACCUGGGCACGGUCGCUUCGUUCAUCUUCAUGUUCCUCACCCUCGCGCUGCCGCGCAACGGCGAGCUGUACGUCAACUGGUGGGGCAACAACGUCGUGGGCAACAACAUCGACUCGCAGCGCACGCCGUAUCUGCCGACGGGCCCCGACGGCUUCGCUCCGCCGCCGCCGCCCGUGCACCGGUAGCCGAGCCCGGCCUCUUUGCUUCCAUCUUGCUCUGCUCGCCUUGCGAGCGUGCAGCACGUCUCUGCCGCGCUACCCCAUACACACACUCUCUCUCGCACUGGCUCCGACUUGCUUUAUUUGUACCAUUGACAGCUCACUCAUUCAUCCUCAUGUGACUUUGCGAGUGCUGAU